AGCCGCGGGCGGACGCGUCUUCCUUAGAGAGAUCUGCGUCGUUAUCCACGACGACUUUCCAUAAUCGUGUACGACGCGCGUGUGCGUGGCGGACUCCUACAUAGAUUCCUAGAGAGUCCUCCAUUAGAUUCCUAGAUUCCUUCCCAAUUCCGAAUUAUCAGUGAUUUAUUUUCAUUAAUUCAAGUUAUAGUGUUUCAAUGGUGCAACACGAAAGUGUUCGUGGUCACCAGUUCAUCAAAGACUGACAAUGACCGUCGCCUAGUGGCACCUCUCCCCCCCACUUCGGACGGUCUCUGGAUUUCGUAGGAGUGGAGAAAGUGGUGUCCUAGUAUGAGGAUAACGGACAGCGACGACGACUACACCGUCACAGCUGAUCAACGCGCCGCCCUCAUGGAGCUGGAGACGCUGACCUGGAAUUACCCGACGCCCCAGCAAGGGCGUGGGCGCGGUGCCAACAACAACAUCCCGACGUCGUCCUUCCCGUCCGACGACCAGACGGACACUGAUGAUGACGACGAUGAUGAUUCGUAUUACGUGGACAUGGUGCCCUACGACAUCACAGAACGACUGAAGGAGAUCAACAGAGCAUUUAUCGAAGACCCGACACCCGCAGAAUGCAACAGAGCGAUUACUGUUCGCUUCAGGGACGUCAUCGCCGACUACCAGUCCCCCAGGGAAUAUUACCCGUCAGAUUCUGACGACGGUUACGGAGAUUCUUCAGAUCUCGUCUACGACGCAGAGGAUGACGAAUGUGGCAUGACGACCCUGGCAACAGAGGUCAGGGACAUCCUUUCUGACAACGUCAAUGUCAUAGACUUCCUGCCUAACUCUGCCGAUGACAACAUUUUCAGCAGUUACCUAAACCUCACUUCUGAAGACUCAAGUAACAAAGACUACAGGAACCUAGGACUGAAAGGCAGCCAAGGUGCCCCUGAGUCUGGAAAAGUACCCCAGGGUGAUAAGAAGGCUGACGUGCCUAGACUCCAACUUAACGGUAAACAGGAAGACUCAGAAGUGGUCCCUUCAUUCAAUAGAUUUGCACCUCCUUCCCUCAGUUUUGUAUCUGGUCCUGAAAAGGUAGGCGAUUUUAACCUUUUAAAAGUAGAUGAUUCGGGUCUUGCUGAUCUGGAGAGCUUCAUGAAAGAAAGCGAGCCCAAAGAAGUACAAGAAGACCUCCCGAAAGACUCUUCGUAUACAGAAAAUGGGGACGUAACUGUUUCCCUCAUAGAACCUAGUGACCCAGUUCCCUUAGGUAAAGAAUUUAGUAGUUUAGACACAUUAGGAAGUAGAAAUUUAGGAGUUAAAUGUUAUAUUAGUGAGGGUGAUAAUGAGUCUAGUGUCUUCUUCCAUAAGAAAGAACCAAAGGAUCAAUUUAAGGCCACCUCCGAUAGCCAGCAGGGUCUGGCUAAGAGUGACGCAGACGUUGCCAAUUUUGAAUAUGCUGACGACUUUGAAGAUUCUCCUGACGAGGAGGAGGAAGAAGUGGAGGAAAGUGCACCAGUCACCAAAGAAGUGGAAACUCAACCUCCCGCUUCCCCUUCAAUAGCCGUUCCUUCCGUUGAGCCCCCUGUAGACCUAGGCAUGGACAGAGAAGUCAGUUCUCCCAAAAGGUCUGAGGCUCACAUUCCUGAAAGGAAGAGCAAACAGGGUCAAGGGAAGGAGCCUUCUCCGAGUAGUGGUCACAAAAGCCGGCACGAGCAGAGUAAAAAGACUCCUCAGAGCCCGUCCACUGAGAGGAAAAGAAGACCGGAGAGCAAGUCCCCGCCCGUCCAGACAACGGAGAUCACUCCUCCAGUUAGGCCUAAACUGAAGAGGGUAUCAGCCGGUCCGCCAACCAUAAAGCCAGCCCUGCUCUCUUCUGAUAAGAUUAGUCAUAUGAAGACCUCCUCUGACCCAAGCAAGUACAAGGCCAGAAACUCCACUCUGACCAGGUCGGCCACCUCGGUGUCUACGCCGUCGCUAGCUUCGUCGUCUUCCUCAGCUUCAUCGUCCCCUUCGUCGUCUUCUUACUCCUCUACGGGCAGCGGCAAUGGCCACAGAGGUCGAGGGCGCAUGCCAAUCAGCGGGCCAGUCAGACCCACACAACACAAACCCUCAUCGUCAUCGCAGAGUGGACGAGCGAGUAAUUCCAGAGGGGUCAGUAGAAGCCCAGUCAGGACCACCUCCUCGUCUACUUCUGGCAACACUGGGCUGGCCGUGUCUCCUGCAAAGACAGCUCAGGGAAAUACUACUGCUAAUGGACGACCCUCACCUCCAUACAGAGUGAGGAAGGCAGCAAGUGCAUCUGAUCUACACAGUAGGAUGACGGACGACCCAGAAGACAGGAAAUACCAAAGUGACGCUGUGUUCAAAGCUUGGCUUCAACAGAAGAACAAGCAGGCAGCCUUGGCCAAAAACUCUCUCCCUCACUCCCCCGACAGACACCAGAGGAAGACGAGCUCCAGCAGGGGCGGCGGCGGCUCCGAAGUGGUGGAGCGGCGAGCCAGAGCGGAGGAGGCCUUCCAGGCGUGGCUGGCGAGGAAGAGGGAACAACUGCGCCUCGAGAAGAAGCUCCGGGGGGAGCGGCGGCGUCUAGAGGACCAGAGCAGUUACGCGAGGACCAAGGCUGAGUGCGAAGUGGCUUAUAAGGAGUGGUGUCGUAGGAAGAGAGACGAAGUUCGAACCAUGAGACCGAACGGCGUCGUGCCUCGAUCUCAGAGUCUCGAACGACCCUGGGUUCAGGAGAAGACGAGGAAACUCUACUCGGCUUACAUGAAUGGACACUAGAUGGCAUGGAGGUCGCUUCCACCAGGGUCGCAGACGAAAACACUCGGGAGAUAGAGACGAAAAAAUAAUUUUAAAAAAUCAUAGCGGACCUUCUAAACGAAAUAUUGCGAAGGACUGUGAAAUACUAUUUUUUUUAAAAAAGUGUUCUACGUUGAUGGGACUUUGAUAUGGAGUAAUGUGUUGUAAAAAGAAUACCUGUGGAAGUGAAACCGAGGACGCCUGAAGGUGCCAACGAGUGGUCGAUCAGUUCAGUUCGUGGCUGUAACUGUGAUUGUUUUGUCUUGUCUGGUUUUGCGUUACAGGAAAAGCAGAAGAAAUUUGACUCGACUGGAGCUCAUUCAAUCAAAAACAUUUAUCAUCUCAGUUCUCCGACUAAGAGUAGUAAAGGAAUCACAAGGAGAAGGCAAAGAAAUAGAGCAUAUUCCUCACAGUACCUGAGGAAGCAUGACACCAUUACACAAUGCACGUCGGAUCAUUUCUCCUUUAAUUGAGAGGAAAUGUUGAUAAAAGUUAUAUUUAUCUCAAUUUCAAAGCCGUUUAUUUGGUAGAUUUAACCAGGUUAAGUUAGUGUCAUAUCACAACUUAUGUUCUAGCAUCAAGUCUUUUUUCUGGUUUAUAUUUCAAUGCCAUUAACUGUAAUUUUU